AUGCUUUUUUUUUCCAAUAUGAAAAGUCUUUCACUUUACCUUUUCCUUUCUCUUUUUAUGCUGUUAUUGUAUCCUACUAGUUAUGCCCUCUGCUUGGUUUCACUUGAACAGAAAGAUAAUACAUUCAUUUUGGAGCAAAAUAUAGCCGAAAAAACAAACAAUGAUACGAAAAAAAUAAUAAAUAAAAUAAAGACAAAAUCUAAUGAAAUUCGUAUGAUGUACAAUACCAUAAAUAAAAAAAAUGAAAACAUGCCUAUUUACAUUUUUGUAAAUGAUGAGAAUGAACAAAAAAGGAAAAUGCUCAAAAACCUAUUUCUUAUAGGAAAACUUGAUCAUAUGCAAGGUUAUAAUACCGCCUUUUCAAAAUAUUUCCUGUCUAUAAAAAAUACAAGUAAAGCACAUGGAACGGAACUAAAUGAAAAAAUGAAAGAAGAGCGAGAAUUUAUAAAUAGCCUAAAUGAGGAAAAUAAAAAAAAAUACAUAAUUGGAAAAAUAGCAGAAUAUGAACACCUAAGAAUGAACGUGCAGCAGUUGUACACAAGCAUAGGCACCGCAUCAAAUUUGAUUGUUCGUUUUGCGCGUAUGAAACUUUAA